AAACAAAUCUAAAUAGGAAAAUAAACUCUUAUUGAUAAAAAAAUACAGAACAUAAAAUAAUUUUUAUAUUAACUAAAUAAAAAAACAAUAAUUUAUAUUUUUUUGGGUUAAAAAAAAAGCAGCAAACUGGGGAACGAUAUGUCUACUACACAAAUGGAAAAACAUUUAUUCAAUCUAAAAUUUGCGGUUAAGGACUUAGAACGCAAUAGUAAGAAAUGCGAAAAGGAAGAGAAAUUGGAAAAGGCUAAAGCCAAAAAGGCCAUACAAAAAGGUAAUAUGGAAGUAGCACGAAUACAUGCGGAAAAUGCUAUAAGACAGAAAAAUCAAGCAGUUAAUUACCUACGCAUGAGCGCCAGAGUAGACGCUGUGGCUAGUCGAGUACAAUCGGCCCUAACUACUCGCAAGGUUACUGGUUCAAUGGCCGGUGUAGUCAAAGCUAUGGAUGCUGCCAUGAAGGGUAUGAAUCUAGAGAAAAUCUCUUCAUUGAUGGAAAAGUUCGAACAACAAUUUGAGGAUUUGGAUGUACAAAGUUCGGUAAUGGAAAAUACCAUGUCGGAUACCGUUACUACAUCAGUGCCUCAGGGAGAUGUUGAUAAUCUCUUGCAACAAGUUGCUGAUGAGGCUGGUUUGGAACUUAACAUGGAAUUACCUAGUGGUGUUCAAUCAUCUACCAUUGGUGCCUCUACCCAGGUAUCGCAAGAACAGGAUGAAUUAACCCAACGUUUAGCUCGUUUGAGACAAGCCGAAUAAGUUUGAUUUAUUUUUGUUAACUUUUAAGAUGGCUUCUUUUCCCCAUUCUUGUAAUGCUUUGCUUCUAUGGACCGAUAAGUAGUUUUUAAGGAGCCAGCAAAGAAUUUGUAUUUUAAAUUUAUGUUUUGAAUUUCACUUUGUCAAUACAUAUACUACUCACCCGAUAUGUUUUAUUGCAUACAAUUUUUAUU